GGACGAUGGAGACCCUGGAGAAAUGGAGCAAAGACUUCAGUGCACCUCAUCAGCUGGAUAAGAAAGAGCAUUCCAAACAAAAUGGCAUGAUUGCAAAAAAUCUGCUCAACUCUCUCAAGAUUCGCAAUCGUUUGCAGCUCCAGCCAAUUUCUCGUUCAGCAUGUGCCACUGGCUCCUGCCCAGAUCUGAUGAGUAGGAACGAGCAGCCUGAUCCCCGGCCGCUUGCCAUGGCCCUGACCCCCCAGCUGCCCCCCAGGACCCACCGGCGCCUGUGUCUCUCUGUGUCCUCUGACAGCAAUGGACGCUUCAAAGCUCUGGAGACACAGGAAUGGAAGAACAACCUCAAAGCUCAGAUGGAGCAGGCCCAUAGUGCCGGGGCAGCCAGCAGUACAGGUUCCCUGGAGAGGGCAUCUCUCUUUUGCGCCUCUGGCUCCACAACCAGCUCAAGCUCUGGGCUCUCCAGUCCAGUGGAGCACCUCACCAAGAGCAAGUCAUCCAGUCGCUUCUCUCUUUUCUCCCCUCCAUGGAACAGCAGCUCCGAGUCCGACUCCAACCCACCUUCCCGCUCCGGAUCCAAGAAAAUGCACAACUAUAGUCGCAGAGCCGUUCCUGGCAGUGCCAAGACGGGGCCCGAGACGCCAGAGCCUAAGCAGAGUGUCUCUGAGCACUUCCAGUACUCUGAUCCAGUCAUUUCCAAGGUUACAGACUAUAUUUACGUGGGAAACCUAAAUGCGGCUUAUAGCGGACGAACGUUAUGCCGCAAUAACAUCGACAGCAUCAUUGACAUGAGCAGUCUGCCUGGGGAAACAUGUUUGAGACUUAUUCCUUGCACUUGCUCAAGGGGGGUGAAGCACACUUGGUCUCGUCUCAAAGUGGACAUGAGUGAUCUCCCGGACUCCGUCCAGGAAGGGCUUGCCCUCAAACAUCGCUGCUUUGAAGACAUCAACGAGUGCAUCGAUGCUUCAAUGGAGAAGAGGAAGCGUGUCUUGGUCCAUUGUCGUGAUGGGUUUUCCCUUGCCCCCACUUGCAUUAUUCAGUACCUCAUGGUCAAGCAAAAUAUGAGGCUAAUUGCCGCCUAUGAGUUGCUCAGAGCAAAACAUCCUGUCAAUAUUCGCGAGUCCCAUCAGAACGUUCUGGUGAGUCUUGAGAAAGCCCUGAGACCAGGCGGGAAUGUGGACCCGGAAGGUUUUAAACAGGCAAUCUCCCGCAAAGUGGCCUGGACCUGA